AGAAGGUUAUAAAAGAGGCUGUGCAGGGGCUUUUUCUUCACCACCUAAACGCACUUACGAUCAGGCGCUUCCCCGUUGACUGUCCUCUGCGGACAGCGGGUCAAAGAAAACAAAUAACGCCAACACUGGAGCUGUAAAAUUAAUAACGGGGUCUCCCCUUUAAAGCGCCACAGCAGAGCUGACCAGUCAGCGCAGUGUGGUAGUCUACUUUUUUCUUGAAAGUAAGAUUCAGGGAAGUGGACAUCAUUAUCCACAGCACUGCUGCUGCCACUUGUCCUCAAAGGUCACCCUUAAUCAAAGCAAAAUGGUGCAGAAUAAAAUCACAGAAGUUACUGGAUUCCACCGUUCUUUUAAGGGCCAGAAUCCUUUUGAGCCAGUGGACUUCACUAAAAAUGGAUCCCAUCUGCUUGAUUCAACAUUCAGUUUUGAUUCCCCCCCAAGACAUGACAUGCCUUCGAGCAAGCCUAUUGACAUCCCAAAUGCCAAGAAAAGAAACAAGAAGAAGAAGCGUUGCAGGGCAACUGACAGUUUCUCUGGGAGGUUUGAAGAUGUCUACAGGCUGCAGGAAGAGUUACUGGGAGAGGGUGCCUAUGCUAAAGUGCAAACAUGCAUCAACCUGAUCACCAAUAAAGAAUAUGCUGUCAAGAUAAUUGAGAAAAGACCAGGUCAUAGUCGAAGUCGUGUCUUCCGUGAGGUUGAGAUGCUGUAUCAGUGCCAGGGCCACAGGAACAUCCUGGAACUCGUAGAGUUUUUUGAGGAAGAGGAUAAAUUCUACCUGGUGUUUGAAAAGCUUAGAGGAGGGUCCAUCUUGGCUCACAUUCACAAGAGACUGCACUUCAGCGAACAGGAAGCCAGUGUUGUUGUGCAGGACAUUGCCAGUGCACUAGAUUUCCUGCAUAACAAAGGAAUGGCACACAGGGACCUUAAACCUGAAAAUAUCCUUUGUGAGAGUGCAGACAAGAUUUCUCCAGUUAAGAUCUGUGACUUUGACUUGGGAAGUGGCAUCAAGCUGAACAGUGACAGUUCACCCAUCUCCACCCCUGAGCUUCUGACUCCAUGUGGUUCUGCAGAAUACAUGGCACCUGAAGUGGUUGAGGCCUUCAGUGAGGAAGCGACAAUAUAUGACAAACGCUGUGACCUUUGGAGCCUUGGAGUCAUCCUUUACAUUAUGCUGAGUGGUUACCCACCCUUCGUAGGACGCUGUGGUGGUGACUGUGGCUGGGAAUUGGGAGAACCCUGCCAUACAUGUCAGAACACACUGUUUGAGAGCAUCCAGGAAGGGAAAUAUGAAUUUCCAGAGAAGGACUGGGCUCACAUCUCCCCAAGUGCCAAAGAUCUGAUAUCCAGACUACUGGUUCGGGAUGCCAAACAUCGCCUGAGUGCUAGCCAGGUGUUGCAGCAUCCCUGGGUGCAGGGAGGUGCCUCAGACACUUUACCAACAUCCAUAUUGCAUCAAAGAACCAGCAAAGCACGAGACCUCACGUUCUUUGCUGACAAAGCCAUGGCUGUGAACCGGCAGCUGGCUGAGCAGGACGGCAUGGAAGAACAGCAGCAGCAGGAAGCGCCACUUGUCGUUACGGCUAGUGGCACAUCCGUGCGACUCUCCCCACCUUCCACCUCCAAGCUGGCCAAACGCAGACAACGAAGCAGCCAACAUAAAGGAGGGCCCGUCUCUGCGGCAGAGCUUCGCCGGCUGCUGGCACCUCUUGUCAUUGUGGGAGACUGUGCUUGAUUUCGCCAAUCUCUUACCUGUGACUUUGUGUUCCGAUUAAAAUAUAAAUCUUCAGAGUGCCCUGAUUUUCUUACUCUGAUUCUGGCCCCCCUCUCUCCCUGACCUAGCUCAAACCUGGUCCCUCUGUCCUUACAGGCGUGUUUGCCUCGCUGUAUAAGGGAGAUUGCUGCGUGCAGCGCUUCCUCUAAAUGCCUUUUGCUCUUUUGAAGCAGCACUUCUGAAGCACAUUAAAUUUGGCCCUGUGUACAGAAAGUACCAGGAUAUAUGCACGUCUGGGUUGGAGAGAAUCGUUAAUUGAUUUCAGACACCCCCCAUGUACAACUCUGUUCAGUAGACAUCGGAACACUUGUCUUUGAAUCUAAGCUUGGACACCAAAGGACAACUUGUGCUGCUCCCACGUUACAACUGGAUCCACUGUGAAUUAAGUUAUCUGGAAUGUUCUCUCUGCUUGUAUGUAUGUGCACGAACGGCCCAUCUGCAGAUACGUACGCACUUAUGCAAGAUGCCCAGAUGAAGGCUGUUCUGAAAGGAUUUGGUGUCAAAGGUUUGGAAGGGUAUCAGCUAGUGUGUUCUGUGCCUGAGGUGAGACCGGAGGUGGCUGGGGCCUCAUCAAAGCAAAAUUUGUACUCCCGCAUUCUUGACUUUUUUUUUUUGGCUGGGGGGGAGUGGGGGUAGUUGGUCUAAGAUUAAAAUUUUCAGUUUGUGGCCAUUCACAACUGUUCUAAAAAUCAGAAUGGAGAAUAUUUAACUAGCCACCCACAAGAAACCCCACAGAGGCACGGUUCAAUGUUUAAGAGUAAUUGGACUAGUUCCUCUGAAGAGCUUACUAAUUUUUAUUGUGGGUUUACAGUGCAUGGUUCAACAAAAAUGCUUCCCAAGCUUUCUGUGGAAUAAAACUGUUUUUUUAAAUGGUAAAACAUUGACUAUAAAGGUUUGAUACCAUCAGGAUUAAAAAAAAGCACAUUUUGGACAACAAUGUGACCUGUUAAUCAAGUAUGCUGUCCCCUUCUGUUUAUCAAAAGUAAAAACUGACUUCUAAUGACAGAAUCACUUGCAAAUUGACAGAAUGCUCAAGACAUUCCAGGAAGUGGAGGGGGGGGGGGGAAAUCGAUCAAGGAUGCAUAGUUGUAAGUUUACUUUUUGUUUUUAAAACUCCAUGCUAAUGUGCCACUUUUUUUGUGUGUACAUGGUGACUCUUAUGCAGGUGCUGUUCGUUUUACACACCAGCUGUUUUGCUAAGGUUCUAUCUACUUUUUCAAGUUCAGAGUAUGUGGUGUAAGGUGUGACAUGGAGUGUUUGUCAGCAGGAGCGUUUAUGCCUGGUGAAGGCAGAGUUUAAGUUUGUAAUUCAUUUUACGUUAAUGACUGCUAUAUAUUUGAAAUCUGAUCAAGUUGAAGCUCAUUCUGAAACUGACUGUUAAGGGACGGGUACCGAGGUCUCGGAACACUGUAGCUGUUUCACCAAAGAACGUUUUGAAGUCAUGAGCGUCUCUCACCCAGCAGUGAGAUUGAGUGAUCUGCUGAUGGUCUGCUUCCACUGCUGCAGCAGCGGUACUCUGCAAGCGGUUCCCUUGCUGUCAAAGGACCCGCUAUGCUGAUACUGGGACACUGUAAUAGUUUGAAGACGGAUGUAUCUAUGCGGGGUUUUAUGUCUUAUAAUAAGACUUACUUGAAUUUGUGUAUGCAGCUGUUUCUUUGUUCAGGAAACUUCUUUGCUGUCAGUGCGCUAAACAAAGCAUUAAGCUGAUGAUCAAGGCAAUCUUUGGGUUUUGAAGAUACCUACUCAUUUCAGUAUUCUGCCUUUUUGUGUGUAAAAGCACAAGUUAGUCCCUAUAUGUGAUAGGGUUGGGGGGUUAAAUAAAAUGCAGACGGUGGCCACAGUCUGAUAACCUGGGAUCCCCCUUCUGUUCUUGGUCACGAUAUUUUCUGUAUUUCAGUUUCUGGCCUGCUUUCUAUGGGGAAUGGGGACAAAGUUUUACAUGCAUAAUGGCUUUUGUUUUUAAAUUCUACACCAGAUGAUUCAAUCACCUGGGGGCCAUUCAUGGGAAGAAACUUUUGAAAUCACCAUUUAAAUACAGAAAUAUUUUGAUUUGAAAUGAGCACUUUACUGUACCAUGUGAAUGACUGCAUUUCAUUCAAGGCAACCUUUAUUACAGUUGCUACAGAAUUUUGUAUUUUUUUUUCUAAAAAAAAAAAGCAAUAAAA